UUAUUUAUUUAUUUAUUUUUUUCGCAUCCUCAUCUGCCUUCUCUCUCAACGGAUCAAUCUCUGNUUGUUUUUCCGCAGGCUUUACAGAUUGUACGGCUUUCUGAUCUCAGGUGUUAUUGUAAUUUAGUGAUAAUCGAAAGGAAAAAAGGGGAGAAAAUGGGAUACAUAGGUUCCCAUGGGAUUGCGGCUCUGCAUAGGUACAAGUACAGUGGGGUGGAUCACUCUUAUUUGGCCAAAUAUGUUCUGCAGCCCUUUUGGAGUCGCUGUGUUAAUUUCUUCCCUCUUUGGAUGCCGGGUUCAACAGUUAAACUGAAAGAGAUAUGUUUCACUGUCACAGUACGGAGUUUCAGGCAGCCAAACAACUACGUUGUGUGCCAGAUUCUGAUCAGCCUUUACUUUCCAGCGAGAAUACCUGAACUUGUUAACCAGCAUAGCGAAAACAUGAAAUCGCGAUUGAAGUUUUUUCAUUUCCCCAUUGUCAAUUUUCUGAGUCUUACAUCUUUCCCAACCUUAAUCAUUACACUUACGGGAUUCAUUUUCUUGGCUAUAUCUGCAUUACUUGGAUAUAUUUAUUCACCUCAUUUGGAUUCACCUCCGCCAAGAUGGGUGCAUUUUGCUCAUGGAUUGUUGCUCUUCUUGUAUCAAACUUUUGAUGCAGUUGAUGGAAAACAAGCUAGAAGAACAAGUUCCUCUAGUCCAUUGGGAGAACUUUUUGAUCAUGGUUGUGACGCUCUUGCAUGCGCACUUGAGGCGUUGGCCUUUGGAAGCACUGCUAUGUGUGGACGCUAUACCUUCUGGUUUUGGGUUAUAUCUGCUGUUACUUUCUACUGUGCUACAUGGGAACACUAUUUUACCAACACGCUCAUCCUUCCUGUUAUAAAUGGACCUACAGAGGGCCUUGCAUUGAUAUACAUGAAUCAUUUCUUUACAGCUUUUGUUGGUGCUGAGUGGUGGGCACAAUCUUUUGGAAAAUCCAUUCCAUUCCUGAGUUGGUUGCCCUUUAUAAGUGAGAUCACCAUGUACAAAGCUGUUUUAUUUCUUAUGAUAACUUUUGGCGUCAUACCAACAGUCGCAUGCAAUGUGAACAAUGUUCAUCAGAUUGUUAAAGCAAGAAAAGGAAAUAUGCUGCUAGCUCUGGCUAUGCUUUAUCCUUUUGUUGUGCUAUUAGGUGGAGUUCUUGUGUGGGAUUAUAUAUCUCCCAGUGAUGUAAUUGGCAACUAUCCCCAUCUGGUCGUAUUGGGUAGUGGGCUCGCAUUUGGGUUUCAAGUGGGAAGGAUGAUUCUUGCGCAUCUGUGUGAUGAACCUAAAGGCUUGAAAACAAACAUGUGUAUGUCAUUGUUUUAUCUGCCUUUCGCCAUUGCAAAUGCUCUCACUGCUUUGCUAAAUGAUGGAUGUCUGGAUAAUUUAUAA